UCAGAUAAACACCCAGACAUUGCGAUCAUUCGACCAGCGCUUUGUUUGAACCACUUAGAUUUCGUAAACAAUUAAAAAGUAAUGCCUCGAAAAGGCCAACACCACAAGACACUAUAAAAAAGCAUAAAAAUAUAAACAACAGUAAGAAAACGAACGAUGAAUUCAAAAACAAAUAUGGCGUCAAGCAAUAACUUAUUACUCAACCUCCAACGAAGGAGUUUGCUAGUUUAUCAGUUGACCUAAGUGUUAGUAGGUAUGCGAGAUCAAUGUGUCUGUCUUUAUCUAUUUUACGCUUAGUUGAUGUUUAUCCGCCGGGUCGAGCAUGAAGCUUCUGUGCGCCAUUUUGUUUUUGCAAACGGUUUGGGCGUACACUGACUUCCGGGGAUAUUUCAGUAAUUCUCGCGUGUGCAGCAAAUGGGAAUGUCUGAAUAAGAAAUUCAAUUUCACCGACAUAUUGCCUGACAAAGACAACUACACCGAUUUUAUCAAGGGGCUCCUUCCGGUGGAAUGGCACGCCAGUGCGGAAGGCGCGGUGGAAAAAUGCUACGAGCCAAGAGGACUGGAAAAAUAUGUAAACACUUGCCCCGGUCAAAGUUUGCUGCAUUGUGUUGUGGAUAGGAUGGUUCAGGAAUGCCCAUCAACGUUUUGGAAUCAAGAUGACGGUUGUGGUUCUGUCACAUCUUUGGCCGGUAACAAUUACAUGUUUUCUCAAAGCCGUUACAGGAAUAUGAGUAAUAUGCCGUCGGAAAGGCGAUUUUUACCCAACUUCUUUAAAUCCAGAUGCUGCGAUUUACCGCAGAUGUUCAAUGAGAGUUUACUCAGGGAGUGCGGCUUUUCUGAGAAAUUGCGCUAUAUUUAUCGGGAGUCAACAUUUAGCACUCAUUCAUUCAGGAAUGGACCCCGUAUGCCGGACAUAAAGCCUAAAAGGACAGAUGGGGAGGUUCAAGGUCAAGUAUAUAACUUUCAUUUGUUACCCGAAAGCACCACGUCUGUAUUAAGCACUUCAACAAAUGUGGAAGAUCAAGAAGAGGGAAACGAUGAGUUACAGUAUCAAGACCCGUUAGAUUGCUGCGAAGAGAUCGACGACUUCGUUCAUCCCACCUGGAGGUGCGAAUGCGACUUCAAACUGAAAUGGGACUUACGACAUAGGCUCACAAACUUCAAUUAUACCGAGUUUAAGGUUUCAACUAAUAAUGCAGAGUGUGAAGACCUCAAGCCUUCUUCAUCGUGUGUCUUGGACAAGAUUGGUCUCCUAAACCAGUUCGGUUUCAUCAAACACUUCGAGAUGAAAAACAGAAUUCGCGCGUACAGUAACGGUAAAUCGUCGUACCUGUACGCUGUGUUUAAUAGUGCCUUCCUAAACGUACCGCGUUAUGAGAACCAAUGCGAUUCGCCGAGGAAACUGUUUAAUCUUCUGGACGCAAUGUUGGUGGUGUGCAACCCAACAAAGCGUCGAUCAAACCGCCAGUGCAACAAAAUAUUUACAGAAAUAAGAGACUCCGUUUCGGACAUCACAAAAGAGAGUCUCGACAAAAUACUGAAUAGUCAAAACCAAAACGUGGAAUACACUGGUUUUACUUCAACCCAAUCAGUAAUACAACCCGAGAAUCUAUACUUCCCAAUUCCAUCUUCACAUAGGCGUUUGCGUCAACCCAACUCUAGGAUUGAGAACAGUUUGAGAUACGACUUCGGCGUUCUGGGAUUGUUAGGUACGGCACCUCCAGUAGCCACAAUAGAUUUGAAACCCAAAAAUAAAACUUUGGUUUUACUGCCAGUCUAUCAAAGGACGCCGAAAAAUGAUCCUUUAGCCAUUAAUUCUUUGCACAACGAUGGUGUUAUGAGAGGCUAAAAUAUAUGGAGGAUUUACCUUAUUCUUUUACAAUAUACUAAAAAAGACUAAAUUGGAAGCACUAAUGCCGUUUUGCUUAAGCCCAGGUAACGCCUAGAAUGAUGCCUUUUUUUAAAUUCCACUACAAGUUAGCCCUUGAUUGUAAUAUUACCUGAUGGUAAGUGAUGAUGCAGUCUAAGAAGGGCUAACCCGUUAGGGAGUAGUGGUAGUUAUACCCCUAAAAGGUCGUCGUCGCGCCGGAACACUAAUCCUAAUGAUAAAGGUGUUGCCUAGAGAAGGAUAACGUUCAACCAAGUCUAACCGAUUCACCGGUACAUAAUGUUCAGGGAACUCUUAAAAUGACACUUGACCGAUACAAAAUUAUCAUUUUUUUUUUUUUACAACCUUAAAUUAGCAUUAAAUCCAUUAAACCUCUACGAAAAAUGAAAAUACAAGACUCACAAGCUGGCCUGUUAAUCGACAAAAUAACACAAAGAGCAACAAAGAUAAAAUAUGACAACUUGUGGCAAGAAUUCGUGAGAAAAAAUAAAAUGAAUUUCCGUUA